AUGUCCAGAUCUAUCAAACCAAAGGAAGUACAGGGGAACAUAGAUUCAUCGAGAUCUUCGUCUUUGGCAAAACCCUCGACGAGUAAGAAGAACCAAGUGGCCCACACCACUGCUGCCGUCCUCGGCGUAGUGGCAGAUGCAUCUGAAGCAUCAGACAUACUUGCACCUCUCAAGGCGGCGUGUAGGGCGACAAAGUCUAUUCUCGAGCUCAUGCAGGCAAUAGAGAGCAACCAAGAGGAGUGGGUUAAUCUCAAAGGUCGUCUCAAGGAGUUCAUGUCCGCCAUUGAGGGUCAAAUCACCUUGUUUGAGACCUAUCCUCAACGGGAGAGGCUUGUCGAGGAGGCGUUCAGCCGGCCGUUGAUUCACUAUGUCGAAUUCCUUGAAAAGACGCAUGAUGCGGUUGCUGAACGGAUAGCAAAACGCAGCCGCAGCAAAUUCGGCUUCUUGAAAUCAUUCACAAAAGUCAAAAUCGAUGCCGGGGAGAUCAUCAGGCUCAAUGGAAGCAUAAAUGAUCGGCAUAUGCAGUUUAUGGAAGCAUUGGCUCUUUUCACUGCAUCACAUGUUCAAAUCGUCAAAGAGAACGUCCAGGUUACAAAGGACACGGUGGAAGAUACUCAAGUCAAGGUAGAGAUUACCAAAGUCAACGUGGAGGCCACCAAGGCCCAUGUGGAGAAGAUUGUGACGGGUGUUGAUGCAUCUGCUAUACUUCAGUUGCCGAUGGUCGCAUUUGUCGCGUCCUCCGUUCACAGAACCUGUCUACAAGGAACACGUGAGGCUGUCCUUCAGACGAUCAGAGUCUGGGCCCACGACGACAAAUCUCCAGAACCGAUAUUCUGGCUCUGUGAUAUAGCUGGCUCAGGAAAAUCUACGGUUGCUAUGUCCGCGGCGCAGAUUUGGCGGACGGAGGGAAUCUUUGGUGGACAGUUCUUCUUCUCUUUGACCAGCAGUGAAGGAUCCACCACCGAAAAAUUCUGGUCGACCAUAGCCAGAGAACUCGCCCAGCGAAUGCCGGAGCUCAAACCACACAUAGCAAGGGCCGUGGAGCAAAACCCUGCGAUCAUGCGAAGUCCAUUGCAAGAACAGCUCCAAGCAUUGAUCAUUGACCCACUUCGUCACCGGCAACAGCGUGUAAUUUUAGUCAUUGACGCUAUCGACGAGUGCAAAUCCGGAGCGCAGCGAAAGGAACUUCUUGACACCAUUACUGUGGCCGCUCGAGAAGCCCCAAACCUCAAAUUAUUUAUUACGAGUCGUCCAGAUCCCGUCAUCGAAACGGCUUUGGGGCCGCUCUCGAUCAAAGCAGAGUUGAAGGACCGCCUCCACGGCGUCAAUCACCCCGAUAACAUUGAUGACAUUGCGGCAUAUGUCCAUCAAUACCUAUGUGACGUUUUAUCGCUGGACAAGAGACAGCGACUGAUCAUAAAGGCCUCUGGACUGUUUAUCUGGGCGAGCACUGCGUGCCGGAUGCUCACUAGUGAGGCCACAUUCGAUACACCGGAGAUCAUAUAUGAACGUCUGAUAUCUGUUGAUCAGACUGGAGAUAUAGACGAUGUAUACGACCUCGUCUUCCAGCGCGCAGACCCCAAGUCCCACGCUACUAUGUGUAGUAUGCUCGCUAUAUUGCUUGCAGCAUUCGAGCCACUCACAAUGGGCGAUUUGGACGACCUUUUCAAGCAUAAUGGAGUACAUGGCAAUGCCAAAGCAUUGGUACGGAACCUAGGAAGUGUGUUGUUGGAGGAUCCAGCCACAAAGCUAAUUCAGUUUCGUCAUCCCACCUUCGUUGAAUACCUUCGACGUUGUUGUAUUCCCCAUAAUCACCGCCAAAUCCUUAUCGACAUCUCCAACGCCCAUGGCCAAGCGGCAUCGUGGUGCUUCAAACGCUUCAAGUCGCGAUCUGAAGGUCUCAAGUUCAAUAUAUGUCAAAUCGAGUCCUCCUUUCAUCUAAAUCGAGAGAUCCCAGACCUUGACGCUAGAAUAUCGAAAUUCAUUUCAAAAGGUCUCCGAUAUGCCAGCUCCCAUUGGCUAUUUCAUCUCGCAGAAACUGGCGUCGAUUGGAGACGAAGGCUCGAGAAAGAACUCCAAGACAUUUUGCAAGUUUCAUACGCGCUCUCUUGGGUGGAGAUUCUGAGUUUCAUCGCUGGACUGCCGCGGGCAAUAGCCGGCCUCCGAGCUAUUGCAGGACAUAAAGAACUUGCAGAGGAGACUAGAAAUCGUCUGAAAGAAAUCAGACAGUUCUUAGUAGCGUUCUCUGUGCCGAUUCAGGAGAGCGCUCCACAUAUUUACAUUUCAGCACUCCCCUUUACUCCCGUGAGGUCAAUAAUUCAUCUGGAAGGUCUCAAAAAGCACAAGAAUACAUUGAGCGUGACUCAAGGGGUUGAGGAAACUUACCCUGGGCGCCCGAGCAUGCUCCGAGGUCAUAAUAACACAGUAACGGUCGUAUCAUUCUCCCCGGAUGGAUCGCAAAUUGCUUCUGGCUCGUGCGACAAUACACUUAGGCUGUGGGAUGGACAAACCGGUCAGCCCCUGGGAGGCCCACUCCGAGGUCAUGAAGAUUGGAUCACAGCCAUCGCAUUCUCCUCAGAUGGCUCGCGAAUUGUCUCUGGUUCGCGUGAUAUGACUAUUAGAGUCUGGAAUGUUGACUCUGGUCAGUCAUUGGGGAGCCCGCUACGGGGUCACGAAAGGGAAGUCGUAGCAGUUGCAUUCUCACCAGAUGGAUCCCGGGUUGUCUCCGGCUCGUACGACUCUACAGUCCGACUAUGGAAUGCAGACACUGGCCAGCAACUCGGAGAGCCGCUUCAGGGUCACGAUUCCACGGUCACAGUCGUUGCAUUCUCGCCAGAUGGAUCCUGCAUCGUCUCUAGUUCUUGGGAUAGGACUUUGCGACUGUGGGAUAGUGAUACUGGUCAUCCCCUUGGCGAGCCACUUCGAGGUCACCGUUCAGCGAUCAGAGCUGUCGCGUUCUCUCCAGACGGACUGACAAUCGUCUCCGGGUCCUCAGGGAUUACAUCCGGCGCGUGGGACUACACAAUUCGACAAUGGGAUGUCAAAACAGGGCAGCCGCUGGGAGAUCCACUUCAAGAAGACGACACAGAUGAUGUAAGGGCCAUUCGAUUCUCGUCAGAUGGCUCAGAAAUCGUCUCCGCCUCGAGUAAACAUAAAUUUCGAGUGUGGGAUGCAUACACCGGUCAACUCCUAAGAAAACCACUCCAAGGUCACGAGGACUCAGUCUAUGCCGUGGCAAUCUCGCCCGACGUUUCACGAAUUGUCUCUGUUUUUUUGGAUGGAGUUCGAUUGUGGGAUGUUGAGAGUGUAUUGCCACCACUCCGAGGUCACCAGAACAGUGUUCACGCCGUCAACUUCUCGCCGGAUGGGUCACGAAUUGUCUCCUGUUCGUACGACAAUACAGUUCGACUGUGGAAUGCAACCACGGGGCAGCCACUGGGAGAACCGCUUCAGGGUCACGACUCCGCGGUCACGGCCGCAGUAUUCUCUCCAGAUGGCUCACGAAUCUUGUCUGGCUCCUGGGAUAAUACUAUUCGAAUAUGGGAUGGAGAAACAGGUCGGGCGUUAGGAGAGCCACUCCGAGUUGACAUGGCCCAGAUCAACGCUGUUUGCUUCUCUCCAGACGGCUCGCGCAUCGUCUCCGCUUCUUCCCAGUUGUAUUCUGGCCCAUCAGGCCACACAAUCCGACUGUGGGAUGCAGAAACAGGUCAACCACAGGGAGAACCACUUCGAGGCCACCAAAAUUCCAUCAAAACCGUUGCAUUCUCACCAGACGGUUCACAGAUUGUCUCAGGAUCGUCCGAUUGUACGAUUCAACUAUGGGACGCAUACAGUGGUCAACCACUGGGGGAGCCACUUCGGGGUCACCAAGGGUCAAUCAACACGGUUGUAUUCUCUCCAGAUGGCUCCCGUAUUGUCUCCGGCUCGGAUGACAAGACGAUACGGUUUUGGGAUGCGGAGACUGGUCUCCCACUGGGAGACCCACUCCGAGGCCACAAAAGUGGGGUCGUGGCUGUCGCGUUCUCACCAAAUGGUUCGCGAAUCGUGUCUGGUUCCCCAGACGGAACGGUUCGGCUGUGGGAUACAGAAACAGGCCAGUCAUUGGGAGAACCAUUCUUAGGGCAGACAAAGGGAGUCUGGUCCGUCGCAUUCUCUCCAGACGGCUCACGAAUCGCCUCUGGCUCACUUGACGGGACAAUUCGGUUAUGGGACGCAGAAAUAGGUGUGUAA